AGCCAAUCAGUGAGCUCCACCGCCCGUCGUUUCUGUUUAGAGAGGUAAACUCGAAAACGAGCUGAAGCAGCUGUAAGUUGUGUUGGACGCCGCUCAAAAAGGGCUGUUUUUAACGUUGACAUUCAUUUCGAGAGGACAUAUUUACUGUAAUGCCAGGCGACGUGUUUGUUUUCACACUUCAACCGAAACCUUUUCAGUUUGCGCCGCUGCCGUAGUUGCUAUGGUGACCGAAGCGCAGGGUUUGGUUUGUUUGUUAGCUAUGCUAAGCUAAGCGAAACAAUUAGGGAGGAUUUGUCCAACGCAGCGCGUUUUCCCCUUACUUAAGAGCCAAAAUGUUGCCUUUUGAACGCUUGGACACUUUGCGAAAACAGAACAAGGAGCUGCUGACAAAGCUGAAGCUGCAAACCGAGAGCCUGAAGUUAGCGUGUCCAGGCCGGUGGGCAGAAACAGCAGACAGCUCAGUAUGUGCUGCCUAUAGUGUCGAUGGAUCCUCAUCAGUAAAGGGAAGGGAAAAGGACAGAGGAGCUCUGACUGGGCGAAACAGUUACUUUAAUAUCUCCAGCCCUGUGGUCACCACUGUGGCUAUGAGUGAAAGGCGGCCGCAUGUUGCUCGGGACGCGCUUUGCAAACCAAUGACUGGGACGAGAAGAGCCGCUGUUUCUGGAGAGAAGCCAAAUUAUUUUGAUGCUGAAGCUUUCAAACCAGCUGAACACUUAACCGAACAAAGCCAGCCUUCAGAAGACAUCACAUACACCAGGCUCCUGCAAGACCAGGGGAACAGUCGCUUACAGCAACAGAUCGACGCUGGAGACCAUACGCAGCCAAAGCCCAUUCUUCUCCCACAGGACAGGGAUAGAAGGGGCUUGGACAAAGUUUCAUUUCAGUCUCCUGUCCAGGAGCUAGAGACCACAGCAGAGAGAAGACAUAUGCAGCCCUUACUAGGCUACGACUGGAUAGCUGGCUUGCUUGAUGCAGAGAGCUCCCUGGCUGAGCGCUCGGAACAGUUCUUCAGUGAGCUCCGCAGCUUUCGCCAGGUCAACAAAGACGAAUGUGUCCACAGCCAGUCUUUAGGCCUUCCUGUUGUGACAGACCUUUGGUCAUCCUCAGCAGAAGAAGAUAGUAUCCAAGAGCAUACUCCAGACACUCACCAGUGCACAUUCUGCUACCGAAUAAACAGUCGUCUGUUUGCCAGUCCUCUGGAUACUCAAGCUGCUUGCCCCAUUUGCAAGAUGCCCAAAGCGAAACACCCACACACUGAGAAAGAACCUGCCUUUAUUAGGGUCAGCAUUCCCCGUUCAACACUUCUGCCUGCAUACCAAUACAAAGCCCAUCGUCGCUGGAGUUUUGAUCCCACGGACAGUCUUGGUUUGCCCUCACACUGUUUGUCUGGAUGGUCGAACACCAGCCUGAAAAUGGGCUCCCAGAUGAGCAGUCUAGAUCUGAGAAGUUCACUGGCGAGCAGGCCAGAGACGGGACCCUCUGGCCAGCCUGAGAGCCAGCUGAAUUUGUCGGCGUCCAGAGUAUCAGGAAGCCAGCUUUCUGACCAGUUGCUGGACGCGUCUCGCCUGGCACGAUACCGCUUCCAGCACCUUGGCCCUGCGAGGACUAAACCAAAUAAGAGCUCCUACCCUGUAUAUUGAUGCUUCCCCUCUUCAAGCCAUUACUGAAUGGCCCUGUCUGUGUGUACUGUCCACUGUAACUGCUGGACUUGUAGUAAUGCAAAUGAUGUUUCACAGCCUGUCUUUUCUUUGUAUUCACGCUUUCCAUUGCACAAUUCAGUUUGGUCUGAAUAGUGAAUCUCUUACUGAUAUCACUACUGCUGUGAAACAAGUGGUUAAAACAAGUGAUGUAACCAUGUCUUUUUUUUUUUUUUUUUCUUUUGUCGUCCUGUGGUUUCAGCAGCCAAGAUAAAAAAUGAGGCGAUAGUAAUAAAAGGUCAGGCCAAAUGAUUGGAAAUGAACCCUGCAACACCAGAUGUGUCCUUACAUCAAAGCUUAAACACUGUCGAGAAAGUGGCCCUUACUAUGGCCAAACUUUCCCACUACAUCUCGCUGCUCAGUCAUGCAUGGAUUUCAGCGUUCACACUUUCUGGAUAUGUGUGCCGAAUUGUCUCUUGUGCCCUUUGAUAAGAAUUUGUAAAUUCUCGGUAUGCUGGAAUACGUAGAACAGAAGCUUGUUACGUGGGAAAUUACCUGAUCGUACCUGAUCGUCGUUUUUUGUACGGUUGCUGUCUGUAGCCGUGAAAUGAAGGUUUUACUGUAACACCUCGAUCAUUUUUUAAAAGCUGAAGUACUAAAGGGCUCAUUUCAUGGAAAAUUUCAUGGAAAAAUCCUCACUUUUCAAAAUAAAUGGGUUUGAUGUCCUUGUUAAAGGGCUGCAUAAA